AUGUCCGUCCUCGACGCGCUCAAGGACGUGCUCAAGCGCGCGCUCAUCCACGGCGGCCUCAAGCGGGGCCUCCGCGAGGUCGCCAAGGCGCUCGACAGCCGCACGGCGAAGCUCUGCUGCCUCGCCAAGGACUGCGACAACGCCGAGUACUCGCGCCUCGUGCGCGCGCUCUGCGACGAGGGCGGCGUCAACCUCAUCAUGGUCGACGAGGGCCGCCAGCUCGGCGAGUGGGCCGGGCUCUGCAAGAUCGACGCCGACGGCGAGGCGACCAAGGUCGUGCGCUGCAGCGCCGCCUGCGUCACCGAGUUCGGCGAGGACACGCACGCCCUCUCGGUCCUCCUCAACUACCUCAAGUCGCAGGCCCCCGAGGAGUCCUAA